AUGGACAAAUACACUAAUAUCCAUCAUCCGGACUAUGUACCGGGAACCUUCAACAUCUAUUCAUCUAAUAGCAUUGAAAAUGGUGUUAUUUACGAAUCCAGCCUUCGCAAGACAAAAAACGAUAUUGUGUUGAUUCCACAACCGUCGGAAUCUCCAAACGACCCUCUUAACUGGUCCAAAUCGCGCAAAAUGUUGCAUUUUGCUUUGAUGGCUUUCAUAACAGCAUUCACGGCAGCAACCAGUAAUGAUGCCGGUGCCGCUCAGGAUUCCUUAAAUGAGGACUAUGACAUAUCUUACGACUCUAUGAACACCGGCGCAGGCGUUCUAUUUCUGGGUAUCGGCUGGGCUACGCUUUUCCUGGCGCCACUUGCUAAUCUGUAUGGUCGCAAAAUCACUUACAUCAUUUGUACCGUUUUAGGCUUGAUCGGCGCUAUAUGGUUUGCGAAUGCCACUAAAACUACAGACACUAUUUGGUCUCAACUUUUUGUAGGGAUCAGCGAAUCAUGCGCGGAAGCUCAAGUUCAGUUGUCGCUCAGUGACAUUUUUUUCCAGCACCAGCUGGGCUCGGUAUUGACCGUUUAUAUCUUGUCCACUAGUGUUGGUACCUUUUUGGGUCCCUUAAUUGCCGGAUACAUUUCGGCACUUACUAGCUUUCGUUGGGUUGGUUGGGUAGCAGCUAUCAUCUCUGGUGCGCUAUUAAUUUUUAUUAUUUUUGGCUGCGAAGAAACAUAUUUUGAUCGUAAUAAGUACAUGACACCCGUUUCGAGAAAGGAGUUGGAUCAUCGUGGCCAUUACGAGUCCCAAGUCCAAAGGCAGCCGUUGAUUGAAAGUUCCGAAAAUAGUGACGAUUCGGAUCCACAAAACGAUGUUAAAAUUGCCAUGAAGCACAAGACAGAGAAAGCGAGCGACAUCGAUCAAAGCAUCAACGCAUCCAUUGAAGACUUCAAAUUAGUAGAUGGAUCUGACGAAAAACUAAAGCCUUUAUAUAAGAGAGUCUCAAUUAUUACCAAGGCAACUAAUUUGCAAGGAUGGGGGUUCAAACAAUAUUUCCAAUAUUUGGCUUUGAACAUGAGGAUGUUCUUGUUUCCGCCUGUAUGGCUAUCGGGGAUGUUUUGGGGCAUCCAGGACGUUUUCCUGACUUUCUAUUUGACCACGGAGGAAACCCUGUUUUACGACGCGCCCUGGAAUUACAGUGACUAUGCGGUAGCCAUUAUGAACGUUCCUACACUCAUCGGCGCUGUUAUCGGCUGUAUUUAUGCUGGCAUAAUCAGCGACUAUUUUGUGUUAUGGAUGGCUCGUAGGAACAACGGUAUCUUGGAGGCUGAGUACAGGCUAUACUUCUCUUUUGCGACCGGCAUCAUAGGACCUGCUGGACUGUUAAUGUUUGGAAUCGGUGCAGCUCGAGAACUACCUUGGCAAGUGAUAUAUGUCGGCUUAGGUUUUAUCGGGUUCAGUUGGGGUUGCUCGGGAGACAUAGCGAUGGCCUACUUGAUGGAUUGCUACCCAGAUAUGAUUCUGGAAGGUAUGGUAUGCACUGCUAUCAUCAACAACUCAAUCUCGUGCAUUUUCACAUUUGUGUGUUCUGAUUGGCUGGACGCCUCCGGGACUGAAAACACUUACAUCGCGCUGGCAAUCAUCAACCUAGGAAUAACGCUCUUUGCCGUGCCUAUGUACAUCUGGGGCAAAAAGAUUAGAAUUGGCACCAAAAAAUGGUACAUCAGUUCUAUUGCGUUGAGGGACGGUGUGUGA